AUGGACACCAUUGCAAUGUUGCUGAGAUUCCUGCUCUGUGUUUGCGUGUGUUUCCUUGAGGCUGCAAAGGCCGAGGUGGUGAAGGACUUUAAAAACUGCCUUGGGUUCUUCUUAGAUAAGACCCCACCCGAUGCCUCCCUCACACCACCCAACCCAGCCAGGAUCUGCCAGUUCUACAAGAACAGCUAUCGCUUCGCCACCAUGUAUGACCGAGAGAAGCGCAUCCCGAUCUAUUCUGCCUAUAAGUGCAAACCUGGAAAAGGCCCGAGGUAUCCGGGCUGGAUGAUAGAGCCCCAGCUGGUAGAUCCCAAUUUAGGGAAGAGCAUGGAAGACGAGCGCGAGACCAACGUUCCGGUCGUGGGGAUAAAAAUGAACCAAGCCGUUUUCGGUGAUUACCUGGAGGCUCUGAACACGGAGAAGGGGCACCUGACCCCGGUCGGCCACCAACCGGACGAAGACAGCCGAGCCGCGACGUCCACCCUGACCAACGUCGUGCCGCAGUUCAGCAAGCUCAACGAGGACAGCUGGGCCGCCUACGAGGGCCGGGUCAAGAGGGAAGCCGAGGCCUGCCACGAGCUCUUCGUCAUCGUGGGAGCGGUGCCCGGCGAAACGUACAUCGCGGACCACCGGGUGAACCGGCCCAGCCACAUCUGGUCCGCAGCCUGCUGCGUGCGGGAUCGGGGCCGGCGGCAUUCCUGGGCCGCCAUCGCGAAGAACAGCGAGAACAAAGUCAGGGACUGCAGCUUGGGAGACCUGCAGAAGGAGCUCGCUGAGCUGUAUGGGAAGGGAGCUGUCCAUCUUUUCAGCAGGGCCUGCGCAUAG